AAAAUGCCGUCGGUUUCGAAAGCUGCGACGAGCGCUUCUCCUCAGACGGAGAAACCGUCUCAUUACACGUAUUUGAAGGAGUUCCGGACCGAGCAAUGCCCACUUUUCCUGCAGCACAAGUGCGCCCAGCAUAGGCCCUUCACCUGCUUCCACUGGCAUUUCCUCAAUCAGCGGCGGCGGAGGCCCAUCAGGCGGCGGGACGGCACCUUCAACUACAGCCCGGACGUCUACUGCACCAAAUACGACGAGACAACCGGAAUCUGCCCGGACGGAGACGAUUGUCCAUAUCUCCAUCGAACGACUGGGGACACAGAAAGAAAAUACCAUCUACGCUAUUAUAAAACUGGUACAUGCAUCCAUGAAACAGAUGCUCGUGGGCACUGUGUGAAAAAUGGGCUUCACUGUGCGUUUGCUCAUGGUCCACAUGAUUUACGUCCCCCAGUCUAUGACAUAAGGGAGCUCCAGGCACAGGAAGCACUGCAGAAUGGUCAGCUUGGGGCAGGAGAGGGCCUUCCUGAUCUACAGCCAGGUGUGCUGGCUAGUCAAGCCAUGAUAGAAAAAACGCUGUCUGAAGAUGCAAGAUGGCAGGAAACAAACUUUGUACUAGCAAAUUAUAAGACCGAACAGUGUAAUAAGCCACCUAGACUCUGUCGACAAGGCUAUGCCUGCCCUCAUUAUCAUAACAGCCGGGACAGAAGAAGGAACCCUAGAAAAUUUAAAUACAGGUCAACUCCAUGUCCUAAUGUCAAACAUGGGGAUGAAUGGGGAGAGCCAACAAAAUGUGAGAGUGGAGAUAACUGCCAGUACUGUCACUCCCGCACUGAGCAGCAAUUUCAUCCAGAGAUCUACAAGUCUACAAAAUGUAAUGAUAUGCGGCAGACAGGAUACUGUCCUCGAGGGCCUUUCUGUGCAUUUGCACAUGUUGAAAGAAUCCCUUCUACUGAGGAAGUGCAGAUUAUGAAUCAGGUCGCCUCUAUGAUGCAGGCAGGAGCUGCGGCAGGUACUCAGUCCAAGCAAAGUGCUAGGCUUUAUUCUACAGAAAGUAUUGGAUCUGCAAGUGAUUGGGGCUCAAGUAUUAACUCAGGCAGCAAUAAUGGACAAAUAGGAAAUGUUUCAUCAUCUAGCAGCCCAACAGUUACUUCAAGUUCAGAUCCUGCGACAUCCAGUGUUUCAUCACCGACAUCUACAUAUCCAAAAGCACCAGGAUUUGAGCGAGAAGAUCAGGCAAAACAACAUAAGAAUCAAACACUAGAGAGCAACCAGAAAUUAAAUGAACAUGAUAGUAAACAGAAUCUUUUAAAUGUGUUUUCAGUGGUAAAUCCACUGGCUUCCAGUAUAACAUCCAGUUUGGCAUCUAGUAUUGGAUCUGAUACUUCAUCUCCCUCGACUUUGUCAACUAUGAAUGCCAAAGCAGUUCCAUUUUACCCUGCCAGCAAUACAGUAGAAUCCGUUAUUGGUUCUGCUUUAGAUCUUCAUUUUAGUGAUGUGAAUGUUGCAUCUCUUGAUAAGGAAUUAGAGGAUCAAGAUACUGGUGACAUAGGAUUAAAAGGUCAGAGGUUAUUGGGCAGUUCAGCACCUGUAAAUAUUCCAGGAUCACUUGCUCGCUCUUCAUCCUUGCAUUCUUCUUCUUCCUUAUCUGCUUCUCCACUUGGUUCCCUUUCCCAGUCUUUUCUUUCGACAAGCAUGGCUCCACAACAACAGUCCCAGCAGUCAUCAAAGUCUGAGCAUGCUCUUCUGGGUACGUCGGCCUCCUCUCAUAGUUCCUUAGGUUUGAAUGGUGUUUCUGGCAGUAUCUGGGAUCAUUUUGUUAGUGGAAAUUUCUCCCCGAGCCCAUCUCCAGUAUUCAGUAGUAGUGCCACAACAACCACUGCUGGCUCCAGCAACAGUGAGCUGGCCAGAGUGCGAAGAGAACUUGAAGAGGCUAAGCGAAAGAUCAAACAAUGGGAAGAUUCAUGGCAGCAAGUGAAGCAGGCAUGUGAUGCAUGGCAGAAGGAAGCUCAAGAGGCCAAAGAGAGAGCAAAAGCGGCGGAUACUGAUCGGCAAGUAGUAUUACAACAAAAGGAAGAAGUGGAUAAACAGCUUAAAAAGCUACAGGAGGACUUUGAUGCUUUAUAUCGAUCUCCAAAUUUUCCCCUUCUAAGAAACUAUGGAGAUAUAGACAAGCUUCCACUACCAAAGCUUCAUUCUAUACAAAGUCAAUUGCGUGCAGAUUUGGACCUUGUAGAUGGGGUAAUUUAUCAGCUCCAGUCGAAGAAAUGCAUUGUAUGCCAGGAGCGGGACCGUUCUAUUUUACUUCAGCCUUGCCAGCAUUAUGUCCUCUGUGAGCACUGUGCACCUAACAAAAUUGAAUGUCCCUAUUGCAAAACUAAAGUAAUGAAUUGGUGAUGAAUAUAUUCUAGGUACAUGGGACUAGCCUUUUGAAGAACGACUACACUAUCCUAACAAUUCAAAGCUGUAGUGCCCCCCUCAUGUCGGAAAUAUUUUAAAUUACGCAGUGAGUAUAUCCUACCCUACAAAAUACAACAUUUGUCUGUACUUUUUUCUUAAACUUUUUUUUAAUAUGUAUAAGCUCUUUCCCUUGGGGAAAACUUGCCACAUGCAUCUUGGUAAACCAGUUUAUUAGUGACUUAUUUAGUCCAUUCUUGAGCACGUCAGCCAUACGGUUUACUUUAAUCUUACUGACGUGCUUCACAAUGUUGCUGCAUUUCCAUCACUUGCAGAUGCCCUGUGUUUACAGCUGGUUCCUUACCGCAUGCAUUCAUAAAUAAAAUUGAAGUAAACUCAAGGCACUUCAGAAUCAUGGUGUAGGAUCAACUUGCUGUGUAUUUCCAAUGAAUAUUGCAUGCAGAGCACUGCAGCUUUAGCAUUUUUAUGUUCUAGUAUUUUACAUAUAAAAUUAAAAAGAAAAAAAAUUACUAGGUUAUGUGAAGAGGUUUAAUUUCCUGUAACGCACUUUGUUAACCUGGGGUUUUUUUUUUG